AUGUUGAACAUAAGGCGGAAAAGUAUAAGCACAUCACCCAGUGUACAUUCCAAUCCCAGCCAGUUCAAUGCUGUUGAAUGUCUUUUGGUUUUCGCGACCAAGAGCAGUAAUCUCAGCGAUAUAACGCUGGAUGGACAAUCUGAGCUGGACGUGCAAUUGGUGGUACCGCGGUACGUGGAACGCGGGUCCAGCGCCACUUUUAAAUGUAGACACAAUGUGCAACCGGAAAUCCUUUAUAAGGUGACGUGGCUCAAAGUUGACAAGGGUAAAUUCUUUGAAUUCAUAAACGGACGGAAUCCGCCAUUCCGGAAUACGUCCAUUGGAGGCGGUGAAAUCGAUUGGGAGAAUUCCAACGAGACGCAGGUGACAUUGAAAAAUGUUGACUUUGAUUUGUCGGGACAAUUCUUCUGCGAGGUUUCAACGGACGCGCCCAUUUACACCAAGGCGUCUGUAGAUGAAUUGUUGUCAGUAUUUUUGCCGCAAACUGGACCGCCCAUAAUAAAAUUCCGGAAGCGAAUGCCAUUUAUCAUCGGCGAAAAAUUAUUUGCUUUGUGCAAUACGACCCGUGCUUUCCCCGCACCGCACAUCACGUGGCUCAUAAAUGGCAAGAAGGUUGAUGAUAAAUAUGUGCGUACACAUCACGCCUACUCGAUGACCAAUAAAAGCCAUCGCCGAGCGCAGCAGCAGCAUCAAAUACAGCAGCAAUUACUGCAGCAACAGUACUAUCAACAACAACUUCACAAUCAGUAUCAGCCCCAAUAUCAAGUGCCACAUUUGAUCGAUCGAUACGACAAGAGUUUGCGUUGGAGCGGUGGACGGCCAGAUGAUUUCACUUCGCAUAGCGCAUACCACCAUGACGGCCAUCACCAUUCUGCGAACAUCUACAAUAAUCCCUUCAGCUCCUUGGCCAUUAUGCAUGAAGUUGAUAGCCAUGAGAUACAUCAGCGAAAUUACAAUAAUAAGCAAAGAGAAAUAAAGAAGCAUAUGGAAAUGAAGAAGCACAGAAACUCAUCAAAGCAGAAAUAUCGCCGGCACAUCAACGAGAAUGCCCUCGGCAUAAUACGCAGCACCCUCAACAGCGGCGGAUUCGGGCCUCAGCCGCCUAACCUAAAUAACGAGCUCGGCAUACCACCAAACGCCGGACCGAUGAGUCAACUGGCUGCCGGCUAUGGACGACCAAUAUCACAUCCCGGCGGCGGCAUUGGUGUUGCAGCAGCAGCAGCUGCUGUAACGGCGGCUACAAAGGAGCGGGGUAUGUUCUCACUUAGCCAGCUUAAUAUUGACUUGGAGGAGGCGCACAACAACAAUGGCCGUAUGGAACUGACGUGCUUGUCCACAAUACCAUCAGCAAUAGGUCAAGGGGAGAUGUUUGCUGAUUACAAGACCUACUCGGUGAAAGUUGAACUCAUACGAAUGGAAACUUCGUCAACAACAACUACAGCCCCAAGCAUAGGAAUGGCAGCGCUUGGUAAUGGCGCCUCACAUUCCGGCGAAGCGGCGGCAGCUGAUAGACCAACCAUUAGCCUCACAAUUGCAGCCACAUACACAUGGGCCAUACUAGCAGUGCAGGUAGCUGUGUUGCAGAUGUUGUGCUACUGA